ACAUUGACCAGUUUUGUGCGAAAAACGGAUUUUUAUUUUAGUGUUUCGAUUUCUUAUGCGUUUACCGAAUUUUAAAAACGAAAUACGGAUAACGCAAAAUAAAAACUUGAAAAAUAAGAAUGUAGUAGCUGCUUUGGCGGUGAGUGAAACUCGUUCGGACCGCUAGGAAUGCGUAAUGAGGACAUAUUGGUUAUGAUAAAUAAAGACGACAAUAGUAGAGUUUUUGGACGGUUCGUCGUUAGGAUGCGCACGUUUAAAAGAUUUUCGUUGCUUUACGGCAACGUGAACGUACCGUGCAUCGCGUACAAACGAAAAAAUACAAAUUACUGGAUACGUUGAUAAUUUAUCGCCGUAUCGAGACGAUUUCUGAGAGAGAUAGACGCUUAAUAAUUCAGCUACUUGUGCUGCUGCUGCUGCUGUGUGUCUGCCGACGGUGGCGCCACCUAUACUGUCAAUGUUGUUAGGCUUACCAAAUGGAGUCUAAUGAAGUCGAUUUAUUGAAAAAACUCUGAAACCCGUACUAAAGCGGCCAAAAUUCGACGAAAAUGACAUAAAUCCCAGUCGAGUUUAUGUUAGGGCUACAAGGAAACUAUGUAGUUGUGCAGCGUAAGCUCAUUACCUGCACUAUAUUUGUGCGAUGUCACAGAGAGUAAAGCGGCCUAAUCGUUGUGACGAUGGCUCGGUUCCUGCUAAAAGGCGUAAGCGGCCGGCGCCGGAAGAAGAAGAGACGGCCUCCGUGGCUUCAUGGCAGCCUCGGCCCCUCAACGACCUCAAGGGCAUCUACAAUCGCACCACCACCGAAGCUCCCGCCGAGCUUUUUCGAAAGGACCUUAUUAGUGCCAUGAAACUGCCCGAUUCUGAACCGCUCGCUGCUCACGAAUAUUGGGUGAUUUGCGAUCAGUGGAAGCAGGAAUGGGAGAGGGGCGUUCAGGUGCCUGUCAAUCCGGAUUCGCUGCCGGAACCAUCCGUAACUGUCACUCACUGCGCCAACAGUUACAAGUCGCCGCAUGAAUUUAAAUUGCCGAAGAACAAAUACGUAAGAAUAACGAACGAUGACAGAUACAAAUCGGAAGAUCACGUGUUGUCGAAGGUGCCAAAACAGGCGGAGGCAGCGUGUUCGUAUGACCUGGACGAAUGCGACGUGACGUGGUUAAAAUUGAUAAACGAUGAACGAUCCUGCAUGGGACUCCCUGUAAUCACAGAAGAUCAAUUGGAACGCGUGCUUGAGCAGUUGGAGGUGAGGUGCUGGGACAAGAUCCAGUCAAUCUUAAAAAAUGAAGAGGGCUUAGGUAUAGAGUACGACGAAAACGUAGUGUGCGACGUAUGUCGAUCUCCAGACUCGGAGGACGGCAAUGAGAUGGUAUUCUGUGAUAGUUGUAACAUCUGUGUACAUCAAGCCUGCUACGGUAUUAUGAGCAUUCCGGAAGGACAAUGGUUGUGCGGUCCGUGCGCCGAAAAAGCGGUGAAACCGUGUUGCGUGCUGUGUCCAAAUCCGGGCGGGGCGAUGAAAUCAACGCGAUCGGGAAAACAUUACGCUCAUGUCUCGUGCUCUCUAUGGAUCCCCGAAGUUAGUAUUGGGUGCGUGGAAAGAAUGGAACCAAUAACUAAAAUUUCGAGUAUACCACAAACUCGUUGGGCCCUCGUUUGCGUGCUUUGUCGAGAACGUGUGGGAGCUUGCAUUCAAUGUUCGGUGCGGUCGUGUAAAACUGCGUAUCACGUGACGUGUGCAUUCAAACACGGACUUGAGAUGCGGGCGAUCAUCGAGGACGAUUAUACGGCCGAAGGUGUCCGGUUGCGUUCCUAUUGUGAAAAACAUAGUAAAUUGCGAAAAAGAAAAAAGAUUAGCAUGUAUUCGGGAUCCGAAGAUGACGAUAAAUUGAAAAAACGAAAAGAUACGGAGGAGAAUAAUCAGGGUCGAGCAACAAGGUUACAAGAGAUUGAAGCCGAGUUUUAUGUGCAUGUUACAGUUAAAGAUGUCGUAGUUGGAAUCGAUGUUGAUAUGGAAGCGUUGAAUGCAAUAUACAAUUACUGGAGGUUGAAACGAAAAGCGGGCAAUAAUAAACCUCUUCUUCCUCCGAAAUCGGAUGAUGUUGACAUGCUCUCUCACAAACAAGAACAAGCGGAUAUAGAAAAAAUGAAAAUGUUUGUACAGUUGAGGCAGGAUCUCGAACGUGUUCGUAAUCUGUGCUACAUGGUGAGCAGAAGAGAAAAGUUAUCGCGGACAUUCUUUCGUAUGCGCGAACAGACCUUUCAUAAACAAGUGGCGGUGCUUAGUUCGGGCGGAAAUACGUUAUCGUCCACGGUUGUACAAGCUGUCAUGGAGGCAAAUCACGGUCCGUCGAUAUACGAUCGCCUAUAUUCUCAUACUGCAGCUGAAGAUCAUACUGUAGACUUUGAUAGUAUUUUAGCGAAAAUUGCCGGCCUCAAGGCGUCCGGCGAUGAGAAAAGAUCUGAUUUCAAUGGUGUUUUCAAAGAAAAUAAUCCGUACAAAAAGAUAUACGUUAACGGAUCUAAAAAACGUAGUAGUUUAUAUGGUAGCAGUAUGUCUAGUAGUAGCAGUAGUGACGAGCGUCCUAAAGAUGACAAAGAAAAUCGAGUACACAGUAGUUCUGACGAUGGAGUUAAGUCGGUCAACAAACGAGGUCCAAAGACCACAGAAAGACGUCAGAAAAGACUAAGUAGGAUAUCGAAACCUAAAAUCGAGACAAGCAGUGACGAAGAUGUCAAACCAAACGACAAGUGGAAAUCGAUACCGAAAUCUAGACUAGUUCAAAUUGAAAACGAGCUGGGUGUUUCGGGCAGCGAUAGCGACGAACUUAUGCCGUUACCUGUAAAUAAACACAAAGAAUCGACGAACGCAAUGGCUUUAAUAUACUCAGACAGCGAUAGUUCCGACGCUUCAACGCGUAACGACGCGGCAAGUGAUUCUCAACAAAGCAAAAUGCGCACAAAAGCCGCGAUGAAAGAUUUCACUCAUAAACCAACAACGUCCAAGUCACCCAAUAAAAGUAGUCCUGAAAAUAAAAAGCGAACAAAAGAAGAAGGCAAAAAGGAACCUGUUAUUAAAAAGAAGGAUUACGUCCCUUCAGAUCUCAUCGUUCCUCAGAGACAAGCUGCUAAGAAAGCUUCUGAAAACCUCAAAACAUCUACUAACAGAGUAAAAGAGCAAAUUCAAAACGAUCAAGAAACUACAGAAAGAAAACCAAUCGAUGUUGGAGAUAAAGAGAAAAGCAAUAAACCCCCAAGACCGAAGGGCAGGCCACCAAUAAAAGACAAGGAGAUUAUUAAAGAAAAAGAAAAGACUGAGUCCAAAAAGGAAGUUGUUAAAAGUGAUAUAUUUGAUAUAGAUAAGGAAGUGGAGAAAGGUGAUAAUCAAGAAAUUUUAGCAUAUGUUCCUCAGAGGCAAGCAGCCAAAAAGGCAACUGAAAGUAUGAAAGGUCUUGGCACGAAGGUUGAAAACGAUAAUAAAAUAGCCGACGUAACCAAAAAUAAGAGAGAUAAUGAAAUUAAGAAAAAAGAGGAAGAGAAACCCACUAAAGUGUCCGAGUCUGAACGAAAAUCUUCCUCAAACAGUAGCACGUCUUCCAGUUCAAGCUCUUCCUCUGAUUCGUCAUCAACGUCUAGUUCGGACAGCGAAGAUUACGAUGAUAAACCGCAAUCGGAGAGUCAAGUCUCGGCGGCAGCUCGAGAUCAGACUAAGCGGUCUAGUAACAAGGACUGGCCCUUUCUUGACAAGGCACCCAAAUCCCCUGUUACUAGUAGCUCCUCGGACUCGAGUGAUUCCAGUCGACCAUCCACACCUACUCCACCUAAAGUACCCAAAGCCGCACCAGCACAACCAGCUAGAAAAAGCAUUGACAACAAAAAAUCGACAUCAACAUUAUCCUCAACUUCGACAACACUUGAAAGAGAGGAAUCGAGUAGAGGUAGAGGUACUGGACGAAGAGGUAGAGGUCGCCCUAGAAUCAGCAACUCCAAACCCCCACCAUCAAAUAGUGAUCGGAUCGGAGAUGUUAAUGUCCGGCCUCGAGCUGUCGUUGAAACCCAACGUCGCCCUGUUGACAGAAAGGAGUCUAAGAGCAGAAAGGGAAAAUCAAAUGAAGAACAAUUGGCCGAAAAGGAAACAGAUACAAGAAAGUCCAGUGGCGUAUCAUCUCCGGUCAGGAAAACGGAGAAGAAGUUAAAUGAGAAAAAUGUAUCGCCAACAAGGAAUUUAGAAAAAGAAAUCAUUGAAAGGCGUGGGUCUUCAACCUCUCAAUCUACACUAGAUCGAUUAUUUGGACCCGAUCGAGGUGAAAGUCGAGGCGAAAAACCAAAUAAAAUAGAAAAGAAGGAAAGAUUAAGUAAAUCACCCCAGAAAGCAAAAUCACCAGAAAAGCCUGCCCGUUCUCCCAACUUAUCAGAUAAAUUAACUAAAUCACCUAGCAAAAAUAAAGAAAAUGAAAUUAUUAAAUCUCCGGAUAAGAAACGAUUAAAAGAAGAUAAACAUCAACCACCAUUCGAAAGGUUAUCAAGUUCUCCCUCAAAAGAGAACAAAGAGCCCAAAGAAAAAGAUAUUUUAAAAUCACCAACUAAAACGAAAAUUAAAAAUGAUGUUGAAGUCAAACAAGAUAUUAUCAUUAUAGACGAAAAGAAAGAAGAAUUAGAGUUUGACAAUCACGAAAAUAAAAAUUCUCACAAGAACGAGACGGAAGAUAUAAUCGAAGAAGGAAGUAGAUCUAUUUUUUCACCUCAACCUCGGCAUGACAAAGAAAACGAUUUGUUUGAUGAUUUCGAUAAUAUUUUAAACGCAAACUUGUAUGGUAUCGGAAAAGAUGAAAUUUUAAAACCUUCCAUUAUUCCUCCUAACAACAUCCCAUCGUUUAAAGAAGACACGAAAGAAGAUAGCGCCAGAGAAACUUUAAAUUUGGUCGAAAAACUACGUAUGGGUUUAUCAAAAAAGUCAACUGGAUACGAUUUUGAUGAUACGGCCAGCGUAACAUCCGGUAGAAACGAUAUCGACCGAAACGAAUUCGCAGAACAUACCGUGUCUACAUCUACUCAAGAUACGUUACAAAAAGAUGAUAACAUAAUAGAGACCAAUUCAAGAGUAUCUCUUGAUAUGAAAUUUGAAAUGCAUGUUCAGGACUUUAAGGAGAUCGAAGAAGCGAAGGAAUUGAGGUAUACUGCUUCUGUAGAGGUGAACGUACAUGCAAAUGAUAUUUUAAAUCAACACAGCCAACAUUCACAUCAUACUGUAACUGCGGAAGCUGAUGAACGAUGGGUGCCUCCUAGCGAGCCGUAUCCAAACUUGCAAGGGUUAGAUUUGAAUCGUGCUCAACACACCAAUGCACAACCUGAAGCGAUUGCGUAUAUGUCCAAUUUUGAUACUCAUACUAUUAAUACCCAAUCUACUCAUAUCGAUAAUAAUAUUCCUCAAGUAGAAAAUUCGAUUUUGCCACCACAAGUCGAAACUAAUAAAAUACCUUCACCAAACGUGACUCAAACACCAUUUAUUGAUACUGCAUCUAUGGAUUACAUGCCCAGUCCGUCCCCUUACGUGCACCCGCAAGCUAAAUGGGCAGAUAGACACGUUAUGCCGAGUAGAAGAUCAUCAUCAAGCUCUGCAGCAUCAACAAUUAGUUCACCACAACGAAAACCAGAAGAAGAAGAUAUAAUAAAACGACAAGAAAAGAUGUUGGUUAAUUCAAUGGAAUUUCCCUUUCAUGGAAUGCAUAUCGGUCAUAAUUUACUCGAUAACUUCGCCCCCACCUUUCCUGAUCCACAAUCGUGUGGCAUCGGACCAGUUAGUUUAUUUCCUCCUCCUAAUUUAAGUAAUCAAUUACCUUUUCCUUCCCCAGGUGCAGGUAUGUUUCCUCCUCCUCCCUUCGGCGCCCCAUUUCCUGCUAUGCAUACAAUGAUGAAUGCCGGAUUGAAACCUGUAGAAGACCAACAGAAUUUCCCGUCUCCUUGUACAGCUGCAUUUACUUCAUCACAACAUAACAUGGCUUUGACUGCCGCAAUGGUUAAUCCACCAACGCAAACCACCCAAGCGGCUACGCAAAAAGAUUCUAGUCACGACACCAGUUUACCACAGCCAGCUUUACCACCGAUUCAAGAACAAGUAAUUUCUAUACCGCAACCGCCAUCUCAACAGAUACCGGAAGAGGUCAUACCAAUUAAUCACGAAGAAGUGCCGCCUUCACCUGCAUUAAGUAAUUCUACUCCAACAUCAAAUCAUAUUCAACCGUCACCGAAUCCAUCUUUGAAAUCGAAUAGCUCCGCAGGUAAAAAAUCACCUUCUAAACCAACAAGAACAUCGGCUCGAUUUCAAUCUCAACAAGGUAAAUCGCCGAGUAAAAGUCCCGGUAAAAGUCCGCGACAAGAAGCGCCUAAAAUUUCUGCUCGUGUUAGAAAUGAAAAUAAACGAGGAGUUAAAGUAUCUACAGGAAGAGGAAGUCAGGUUCAAUCUCGAGGUCGUGGUAGAGGUAGAGGAAGGGGACGAGGUUCUUAUGCUCAUCAUAACGAUUACGACCUAAACACCAUACAUAAUAAAUUAGUUGGAACAGUUUACGAUCUCGAUUUCGACGAUGAUAUGACGAGUGAGAGUAUGAGUGAUUUGAGAGCGAUGAGAGAGAGGCGGAAAUCGUUGGAUGUGCACGAACGCGGUAAAACUGACGUUUCUAGAGAUUCUUCUAUGUCACCUAAAUUCACAAGUCCUUCUUCUCAGUCUCAUAAGCGAUUUAAUGCCGAUUUAAGUGAAUUGAGACCUCCCACACCAAUCGACCAACCAAAAUCAGACGCCAACGUGCUACCAAGUCAAGAGAUAACGCAAACAUUCCCUGAUAUCGUACCGCCAGUAUUACCGGGACCUGUAGAUAUGCGGACAUAUAGUGGUUUCGAUUCACAAACAUACAGCGAAUCAAAUUUAUUGGGUGCUUUUAGUGCACCGGGGGCACCACCCCAACAAGUUCAUGAUGAGAUGGAUGAGGACUUUGAGAAAGAAUUACAAACAGCUCUCAGUAAGAAAACAGAAGAACCACCGCAACCGGAAGUAUCAAAUAUCAAAGUUUCGCUCUCCGACUCUAGAAAUCAAUUAAAAGUUAAAAUUAAAGGUCCAAUUGCUAAUUACACGUCCAGUGUGCAGCCUUUACCUCCAGCUGUUCAUCCAUUAUCAAAUUCUUCUUCAAACUCCAUUCCCAGCGUUGCGAAUUCAGUAACAACGAAUCCAAGCGCAACAAAUUGGCGCAUGAGAAAGAAAGAAUUACUGUGGAGGUAUUGUAUGCAAGAUAUGAAUAUGGACGAUCCUUCGGCCACUACAUCAACCACCCCAGCAGCCCCCGCGCUCAAUCGUACAAUCAUAACCAUUCCUAAAGCCGUUGCCUCGAUGACUUCCAUACCAACUAAGGAAGAUUAUCGCGAUUAUCGAACGAAUGACGAUCUUACGGAAACGAAACAUCGCAAAGAAAACAAAGCCAGAUCGCAAUUAUCGCGAGAAUUAAGACAAUUAGAUAUAUUAGGGGAUGACGAGUCUUUAGAACGAAGAAGAAGUGCCUCUUCCGGGUCGAUGGAGAGACGCAGGGGAAGACCACCAAGAACCGUGGCCGUCACUCAAAAAGUGGACAAAUUAAAAAUUCGUAUUAGCGGCAAUAGUAUAAUAGAAGGUCCGAAAGGUGACGAGAAUAAAAAAGACGCGAUUCGACCACCGAAGAAACGGUUGCCAACGGUGGCUAAACCAAGCGUUGAAGAUCUAAAACGCGAGAGCAUGAAAUUUAGAAAACAGGUGAUGGCCGAUUUCGGGGAAGUUCGAAAACGAAAGAAAGAGAAAGAUAAAAGCGGUAGGAAAAAGAAACGGCGAAAACAUGAAGUGCAAAUCAUCUCUAAAGAAACGACGAAAUUAGUGAUCCGCUUGCACAAAAAACCUAAUAACGAUAACGAUCGGACUAGUAGUAAGAAUGGUAACAGUGCGGUUGUGCAAGUGAACGUUACCCCUGAUAAACAAAGUGCGACGUCGGAUCCGGUUAAAGUGGUACCAAUUAAAUUAAAGUUAGCGCGGUGUCAAGAAGGUUCCGGGUACGUAAUGAAAACGGCUCCGGGUACAAUGUCUGCAGCGGGGGCUACAACGACGGCAGCCCCUACAACCGCUACACCUCCUACACCACCUUCUUCGACCAUCACAUCCGAGGGCGAAAAUGGCAAAGCCGAUCCUAUCGAGAUUGCCACGGCGAUAGUGGUACCAACGGGUCCGGUUCAGGACUCUCCCGUCGUAGCUAGCGGACUUUCCACGGCUCCGCUGCCACUAAACAAGGACUGUGAAGUUAGAUGAUAGCGUGUACAAUAGGUAGUAUCUUGUAAUUUGUAAUUAUUAUUAGGUAUUUAAGUUGACCAGUGAAGACGCGAACAGAUCCGAUUGUACAGAGAGGGUGAAAGCGCCUUUUAUGAUACUUCCUACAAAUUAACAAGAAAAUCUCAAUGAAUGGAAUUGAAUUUAAAUUAAAAAAUUUAACUUUUAAAUUAAAAUAAAGAAUUCAAUACGUAAAUGUUAUU